CUAGCCGGGGCAUCACGCUCUCUCUCGGAGGAGGACCGCGCCGGAGCGACAUCGUCCUGCUUUCACCUCACUCACGGCAAUGGAGGAGUCGAGUAGUUGACGUUUCCUGUAACCUUCUCUUUUUAAGCUUUCUUCCGUCUGAUCAUCGUGUCUCCAAGCGAAGCUGACCGGGCCUGGUUUUAUCCACGUUUCUUGCGACUUCCACAAAGACAAACAAACAAACAAGCAAACAAACAUGAAGUACAUCGUCGGCAUCGGAGGGGUAACGAACGGAGGGAAAACCACCCUCACCAACAGGCUGAUAAAGAAGCUGCCCAACUGCUGUGUGGUGCAUCAGGAUGACUUCUUCAAGCCCCAAGAUCAGAUUGAAGUUGGUGAAGAUGGCUUUAAGCAGUACGAUGUCAUCACUGCCCUGGACAUGGAUGCCAUGAUGAGCACCAUCUAUGCAUGGAUGGAGAACCCUGUGAAGUUUGAGAAGUCGCAUGGCGUAAAUAGCACCCUGGAUACCGAGAUCCUUCCAGAGUCGGACCAUAAGGAUGAGGAGACUCAUAUUCUUAUCGUGGAGGGCUUCCUGCUUUACACCUACGGACCUUUGAUCGACGUACUGAACCAGCGCUACUUUCUUUCCAUUCCAUACGAAGAAUGCAAAAAGAGGAGGGCCUCGAGGAACUACACGGUGCCAGACCCCCCCGGUCUGUUCGACGGUCACGUCUGGCCCAUGUAUGUAAAACACAAAAACAUGAUGGAGAAAUCAGAAGUUGAUAUUGUGCAGCUAGAUGGAACUAAGUCAAAGGAACAGUUGUUCAACUUUGUCUACGGGAACAUCCUGAAUUUCAUCCAGAAGUGUCUGUAGCAGACAAAGGUCAAGUGAUCGGCUAAGAGGAGUGCAUAUUCAGCCUACAGGAUGAAAUCUGCCAUGCCUUAAGUUUCUACCUGGCAGCUCAUUUAGCUGACUGUUCACACUUUUUAUAAAUGUAAAUUAUUAACCAACAGCAUUAAAUGCUGGCAUGACUUUAUAUCCACCAUAUUUAUUGCUUUGAUAUCAGCUUAAACACUCAGUUAAUGGACAUGUUCACAAGAUGGUUGCACUUAGUUGCAUUUGUCAAUAAAUGAUUCUGCCAUCGA